AUGAACUCAGUGCGCGCGAUCCAGCAGCUCAACAAGCGCGAGCUCGAGGCCGGCAUCAACCCAGAAGGCUCCUGGCACACCGACUACCGCGACACAGCCUUCAUCUACAUCGGCGGUCUUGCAUUCGAGCUCUCGGAGGGUGACAUCAUCACCAUCUUCUCACAGUAUGGCGAGCCUGUGUGGGUGAAACUUGCGCGCGACAAAGAGACAGGAAAGUCACGUGGGUUUGCAUGGAUCAAAUAUGAGGACCAGCGAAGCUGCGAUUUGGCUGUGGAUAACUUGGGUGGCGCAACCAUCAUGGACCGUGUAAUCAGGGUCGACCACGCACGGUAUAAGUCCAGAGACGACGAAGAUAUGAGGGACAAUACUAUGGGCGACGUGAGUAUCGACGCUGGUAACGACUCGGAUGGUUGCAGGCGGAAGCGGAGAAAAAGCGAGGAGACUGAUUCCGAGGAUGAAAGGCCACUACUGCCGGAGGAGAUGGAGCUCGAGCGACUUACGGAAAAGCUGGAUCUUGACGACCCCAUGCGCGACUCUAUGAUAAAGCAACAGCAAGAGAAGGUGGAUGAGGCCGUUGACAAAUUGAAACGCAAGAUGCAGAAGGAGAAGGAGAGGAAGAGCAGACAUGAGAGACGCCACCGAAGGGAGGGCUCGAAAAACCGCCACAAGGAUCGAGAUACGAAGAGAAUUAAGAAUAAAGAGGAUGGUGACCGUCACGACCGCCGCUCACGGCGUAGGGACGGCCGUAGCAGGAGCCGUGACAGGGACUCUGACGAUGGUCGCCGUCACAGGAAGUCAGGACAUCGCGAUGAUUCAGCAGACAGAGACAAGCGCCAUCGCCGCGAUCACAGCAGUGAAGGCCGUGGAAAUAACCGCGACCCUCGACGGCACCGUCAUAGCUCUGCCAGCGAGGACGAAAGGAAGCCAAGAUCCAAACAAUCCACAUCACCAUUCCGCGAGGGAUUACCUCGAUGA